AUGCCCAUAGAUGAGAUCAGAAUGGAAGAAGGUAGUGGCGCAGUGAUCAAGAGUUCGUCGCAAAGUAUUAAAGAAAAUGGGUUUUGCGGUUCUCCUGAGGUAGUUCUCAUCAUACAGAAGGUAAUUGCGGAGACAAUUGGGACAUACUUCUUAGUAUUCUUAGGAUGUUGUGUGGUUGUUUUGAAUAAUGUAGAAGGGAGUGAAGGUGCAAUAACAUUUCCUGGGAUUUGUGUGACAUGGGGUGUUGCAGUUAUGAUAUUGAUCUAUGCUCUUGGUCAUAUUUCUGGUGCACAUUUUAAUCCCGCUGUCACCAUAAGCUUCGCUCUCUAUCGCCGAUUCCCUCCCAGACAGGUGCCUCUAUAUUUGAUAGCGCAAGUGCUAGGGUCAGUGCUUGCGAGUGGGACAUUGUACCUUCUAUUUGAUGUGACCGAUGCUUCUUUCUUCGGAACGGUACCAAAAGGGUCAUAUAUUCAGUCUCUUGUAUUCGAGAUCCUCACUUCCUUUCUUUUGAUGUUUGUUGUCUCUGCCGUCACCUCUGAUGAUAGAGCAGUUGGAGAAUUGGCGGGAAUUGCUGUUGGUAUGACAGUACUAGUAGAUGUUUUUGUUGCCGGGCCAGUAUCAGGAGCAUCCAUGAACCCAGCAAGAAGCUUAGGACCAGCAUUGGUGAUGCAUGUUUAUAAGGGAUUCUGGAUUUAUAUAGUUGGACCAUUUUCAGGUGCCAUUCUCGGUGCCUCUGCCUACAACUUAAUUAGAUUCACCGAUAAACCACUCAAAGAAAUUGGCCAUAACACUAGUUUUCUCAAAAGCAUGUCCAAAGCAACAAGCUUCCGGAUAUGA